AUGUCAAAUUAUCUUUUUAAAGAUGAAUUACCUUAUUUGUUAGUUGACUCUUAUUUAGAAGUAAAUGACACCAAAUUAUUGCAUUUGGUACUAACACAAAUAGAAGAAAAAGUACCUGACGAUAAUGAUAAAAAAAAUAAAUGCAUGUUUUGCACCACAUUAAAAUGGAUUACUUUCAAUGAGGAUGAUUCAAAACUUUGGGUUAAAAAACAUACUAAAAUAUUAAAAAUUGAUGGAUCUGUAGAUUAUGUUGCUGUAGAACCUUCAGGUAAAGGAAUUCACAUUAUUUGUGAUAAACUUCCUCGAUGGGUUUUUAAUUCAGAAAAUUUAGAAUUGAAGGAAGUAGAGAAUGAUAAAACAAAUAAUAGUAAAAAGACAUAUUUUUGGACUCAAAACACUGAAGAAAUUACUGUUUGGCUUCAGUUUCCUGAUAAUGUCACAAAAAAUGAUAUAAAUAUUGUUAUUACUGAUACAGAAAUUGAAAUAAAUGUAAAAAAUGAAUCAUAUGUAAAGGGAAAUUUUUUUAGAAAUAUAGAUAAUAGUUUAACCUCAUGGUCUUUUGAAAAAAACAAACUUGAAAUACUAUUAACAAAACAAGAAACUGGCCUAAUGUGGAGCUCAUUUAUAAUGAAUAAUAAUGAUGGUGAGGAAAUAUUAGAUCCUGACACUGUAUCUCAAAUUCAUGAAAAACUGGCUCAUUUAUGUUCAGAAAAAGAAGAAAAUUUUCAAGGAUCAUUAAACGGACAACAUUUGGAGGAAUGUGAUACAUUAAACAAUGAAUCAAGUGCUUUAAUUAGACUUGACAGUAAUACCCAUGAAAUAACUCAUCAAAUAAGUUUAUCUUGUUCUCAAUGGUUAUUUAAAAUAAAUUAUGAUUCAACCCAAACCCCUGCAAUAUGUUGCAGAAAUGAUGUUGAUGCUUGUGUAUGGCAAUUAAAAGAAGGUAAUAGUUCAGAUAAAAAUUGGCCUUAUGAACAUUUAGGCACAUUUUUUGCCUUUGGAUAUGUUCAAGCUUCAAAAACCGAAAAAAAAUUUCUAGCAAGUGCUCCUAACUUAUCAUAUGUAGUAGUAUGUGAAACUUCUCGACACAUAUACAUAUACAGACAACCAUCCCUAUUGACAAGUGAACUCAAAAAUAGGCAUACUGGCCAAAGAAUCAAGAAAAUUUCAAAACAACAACUUGUCAACUUAAAUGUAAAUCAACAAGUUCAAGGUCUUUAUGCGACAAAUGAUAUUUUAUAUGUUUUACUAGAAAAUUCUGUUAUGAUUUUAAUUAUUAAUGAAUAG